CAGCCGGGGGAUCGCGGGCGCUUCCCUCGCGGAGCUCCGCCCGUGCGAGCUCCGCCUGCUAUUCGCUUUCACAACAAUCCCCGGAGGCCACGCCUCUUCAGCCUUCCUUGGCAACCGUCUUCUGGCCAGCUGGGCAGGCUCCGCCUCCUCUGCGCUGGACGCAGCCUCCGGCCUGGGCCUCCCAAGAUGCAGCGCGCGAGCGGGAGGUUUGGAGUCGUCGGACGCUUCGCCUGUUUGUGGCGUCGGGGACGUGGCGGCUGUGGUACUCGGGAACCCCACGCGCAGAGGUUUAAAAGCAUCAACUGGAAUCGAUUGACAUUCGAAAAUUGGACCCAUACAAAUCAGACUUGAUACUGUGGACUGGCUAGCAAACAAGCUAUGUCGUUUAACGAACAGGAAAGGCUCUUAUGCUACAACGGGGAAGUGCUUGUUUUUCGUUUGUCUGAAGGAAAUUCUGUAGAUAAAGGGCCUGCGAAAAUAUCCAUGUUACAUGUCAGAAGAAUGGUGUUUGACAGAGAAACAGGAGUAUUUGUUCAGAAGUCCACUGGAUUCUUCAGCAUAAAAGAGGAAUACUCUCACUUAAAAAUGAUGUGUUGCGAUUGUGUUUCAGAUUUCAGAACCGGAGUUAAUCUACCUUAUAUCAUGAUACAGUGCAAUAAAGAAAGUAACAUUUUCAAGUAUUUCCUACUAUUUCUUCACAGUACCAAUAAAUUUGAAAAGUGUUUGAGUUUUAGACUAGGCUAUGAGUUGAAGGACAGCGUAAGGGUCCUUAAUGGCCCUUUAGUUUUAUGGAGACAUGUCCAUACAUUCUUUUAUAUCUCUUCCCAAACUGGCAGAGUUAUUACUGUGUCUAUGAACUUUUCCUCUAUUGAGUGGGCGGGGGAGAUUGAAAAUGUAGGCAUGGUUUUAUUAGGACCAAAGAGAUGUUAUUUAUCUGAGGAAGGAUGCACCCAAAAGCCUUCAACAUCAGAUUAUGCAACUUGGAAUACCCACUUUUGCGUAUACUCCCUCGAAAGGGAAGAAGUAAUAAGCGAUACGUACAUUAUCCCUCCUGUUUAUAGAAGUGUGAUAACUUGCGUGCACGCCUGUGCAGCUGAGAUUGUCAACAACCAAUUAAGAAUGUCUCUGAUUGCCCUUACUCGAAAGAAUCAACUGAUUUUAUUCCGAAAUGGGAUUCCUCAAGGUGUGUGCCAGCUUCCAUUUGGAGAUCCUUGUGCAGUUCACCUGAUGGAUUCAGGUGGAGACCUCCUUUUUGUCGUAUCCUUUCGGUCCAAUGAUGCUUGUGCUGUUUGGGAAAAGAACUUUCAGGUUGCUGCUAAGUGGGAGCAAAUUAGCUCAGUACUGAUAGAUGACUUUCUUGGAGUUGGAACUGAACAAGUACUGCUACUUUUCAGGGACUCCUUGAAUUCAGAUUGCCUGAGUUCUUUUAAAAUAACGAACCUUGACAACUUAAACUAUUCAAGUGAAACUUUGGAUUGCAAUGAAGAUGAUUUACUUGAUGACAAGCAAGCGAAUUGUUAUUUGGUGAUUCCACCUCUGGAAAGAAGAUUGAAAGUUGGUUUCAUUUCUAUUCACGAAUUUCAGCAGCAUCUCUUGCUUAAGGAAAAAAUUAUUUCAAAAUCUUACAAAGCUUUAAUGAACCUGUUUCAAGGGAAAGAUGAUAGUGCGUCAAGUACAGACGAGGAAUGUCUUGUUACUCUUUGUGGUAAAGAAGAAAAUCCUGCCAAUACCUUUGAUGAAAAGUUAUCAGGCAAUUUUCAAGAUCCAGAACAGCUAGUAGAGAAGAUAUGGUAUCGUGUAAUAGAAGAUAGCUUGGUUGUUGGAGUGAAAACCACAUCUUCUUUGAAGCUGUCCUCAAGUCUUGUGACUUUAUCGCUGUCAAUGGAUCAAGCCCAUAACUCCAGCUUUCCGCUUAUUAAGUGUCAAAAUAGGGUGAUCACGUUGAGUAGGAAUUCUUCCCCAGUGCCAUAUGAAAUAGGAUCAGAGGUAAAAAGAAUCAAGAUGAGUGUUGGUAGUGAGGAAGAGGAAGGGAAAGAGGAAAGUGUUGUUUGUGAACAACCCUUGGAGAAAGACUGUAUACAAAUGAUUACUGCUGUAACAUCUCUGUCACCACUUUUAGCGUUCAGUAAUUUUUGUUGCAUUGUGCUGCUACAAAUUAAAGAGAGAGAGAAUGGUAAUUAUUCUGAAGCUCGUUGCGUUCAGUGUGGCAGAAUUUGUUUCAGUCUAGAAGAUCUUUCAAGUGGGAAAUACCUGCUGACGUUUCCAAAGAAGAAACUUCUAGAACACACGGAAGAUCUCUUCGCACUUCUCGCUGCAUUGCGCGAAACUUGUUUUCAAAUCACAUCACCCAGCUAUGCUCUGACUUCAGUGAAGGUGUGGCUCUUAGAACACAUGGAAUGUGAAGUAAUCAAAGAAUUUCCAGAAAUGUACUUUUGUAAAAGGCCAGGAAGUUUCUAUGGGACACUUUUCAACUGGAGACAAAGAACACCAUUUGAAGGGACUUUAAUAGUCUAUUCCAGGAAUCAAACAGUUUUGUUCCAGUGCCUUCAUAAUCUCAGCAGAGUUCUACCUAUAAACAGUUCCUUCAAAAAUCUAAAAUUAGGAAGUGAGGAUUUCCUAAUUGAUCAUUUGGCAUUAGCUUUGGAGAAGGAAUUGGUUACCCUUGGUUCUCUUUCUUCUGCCAUAGUUAAGGUUGAAAGCAGCUCGGUGCAGAGGUGUGAAGCAAGCCAAGAAAAGAGUAGUGGUGAUGUGGCUGCUUUAUCAGAGGAAAGCAUCCAUCUCUACAGAAAAGAACUUCAGAGAGAAAAGAAGGAAACGUUGGGGACGAACCUAAAAAACUCUCAUUUUGCUCAAGAAACUUCCUUUCCACCGUUCAUGUGAUUGCACAAGUGGACUCUGUCUCCAGUUGCAGAGGUGAGUCCUGACUAGUCUAAGCCAGUUAGUAUGAGACAUUUCCCUGGCAGCUGGUACUCUGGGAUGGGUACAAACUUAAAUUGGGCCUAGCUGGACCGAGUCCUUCCCUUUAGUCUGACUAGGAGGAGGCUCUUCCUAUCCUGCUGGAAGUAGGUGACCAUAACUUAAAAAGUUGAGAGUUACAAUCACAGGAAGUUCGGCUUUAGAAUGAAUUUGCCACUGUAGACUGCAAAAUUGUUUUACUGUGCUGCUGACUCAAACCUGAAUUUCACCCAUUCCUGGGACUGCCUCUUAUUUCAAAAAAAAAUUCCUUGUAACGGAAAUCAAGGUUUCUAUUACUUGCAGCUGAAAUAAUUUCUCACUGUUAGAAAUGGAAUAUAGAAUCCCAGAGAACAAAACUGCUCAGACGUGCAGUCCCAGGACAGGAAGAGUUUACUGUAGAAACAGGGUGCUUGUACCUGCUAAAAGAAGAUGAGGGGAACUGACUCACUCUGCUGUACACCUGAAACUAACACAACAUUGUAAAUCAACUAUAUUCAAUAGAAAGCUGUUAGUUUUGGGGAAAAGAAAAAAGGAAGAGCCUCCCCCCAACCCCGGUUCAUUUCUGGACUGUGGCUCAUUAGGCCACUUUCCUGUGUUUUUUAUUCUUUUAAGUUUACAACUCAAAUUAGUUCAUACCUGAUAGUGGUUUGUAUCUGAGAUAAGAUAUAUAUUUUUAAAAAGCCUUCAUCUUUUCUUUAUUCCUUAGCUUUCCUCUGGUAUUACACUUGGUUAAUUAUGCCUUCCUCAUUCGCUUAGUGGUACAUGUCAGAUUAUUUAACCUAUUUCUUCAUAUUUCCUGUUUUAGAAUAUAGAAUUAUAAAUGUAGGGGCCAUAUCUAUUGUAUUUCUUAGAUAGCGGAAGAAUUCAAGCUUGCAAUUCUCUUCUGACAACUUUUCUCAUAUUCUCAACUGUAUCUUCUCCAAUAGGAAGAGGAAGAAAUCUUUACCAAUUUUGAUUGCUCUAGGAGUCUUUGUGCUAAGAAAAAUGAAUUUGAUAUUAUGGGACUGUUUUGGAAAUAGGGCAGUAUUGCUAUAUCAAAAGACAUGCAGGGCCUUAUUGAUUAAAAGUUUGUAUCCUUUUCGAAGACAACAAAUAUGUGCCAGAACUUGAGUGGUUGCCUUUUAAUAUAUACUAGGGAGCAAAAGAUAAGCUGUCCAGACUUCACUCUAACUUCAUAAAAAAAAAUCAAGAUAAUGGAAAUACUCAGUGUAGUCUUUGUAAGCCUGAUGAGAUAUUUUAAGGUGUAGAAUGACUAAGUCAUUUGGUUAUGUCAGGUGUGAUAAUAAAAUCCUCUUAAUAAGUUAUCCAAACAGGAAAUGGAUAUACACUAACACUUGAAAGAUGCUGGUAAAAGGAGUAAAAACAUUGGGAGUGGGGGUAGCGCUGAGCAUCUGAAGGGAGACAGAACCAAGUAUGUUCUUGGCAGUCUGCAAAAUCUUCAGAGCAAGUGUACGUGUGGUGCAUGUGCUGGGCCCACCAAGACGAGGUGGGGCUGUGUGUGCAGACUGGUCUGGUGUUUCCUGAAGCCAGUGCCACCUGGAAGGGGAAAGAAGGAGCCUAGAAUUAUAAAUAGUAGGAAGAAUAAUUAGACAAAAUUUAGGAAAAGCGUUGAAGAAAGCGGUAAUCCACACUCGCAUACCAGUUUUCUAUAAUGUGACAUGGUGGGAAAUAGCAAUAGUGAACAUUUAUGGAUCAUUUUGUGCCAGGCAUUGAUAUGAAUGCUUAGCCUGUAAGAUGCUUACAACCCUAUAAAACUCUGCUUUCCAAGACAUUGCCACUAGUCAUGUUUGGCUAUUUAAAUUUACAUUUAAGUGAAUUAAAAUUAAAUUAAAACUUCAGUUAGCUGCACUAGCCACAUUUCAGAUGCUCAAUAGCCACAUGUGGCUAGUGGCUACGAUUUGGGCAGUACAAAAUAGGACAUUUGCAAAAUCUCAGCAAGUUCUGUUACACAGUGCUGCUGUAAGAUAUGUACUUUUCAUGAUCUCUUAUUUACAGACCAAGAAACUGAGACCCACACAUGUUAAAUAAUAUUCCCAAGGUCAUAUAGUUAGUAAGGAACAGAGCCAAGAUUCAAAUCCAGUGUAGCUCCAGGACCUUUGCUCUUCCACUGCUAUGCCAUUUGACUUAAAAAGUCAGUUUGAUAAAACAGUGCUGUGUCUUCUGAUAAUUUAAUAUUAACAAAAUACAGUUAUUUUAAAAAUUUGCAAAAAAUGUGCAAUUGAAUAGAAGUAUAAAUUUAUUAAUAUUGAGAUAUCAGAGGAAAUGUGGGCCAUGUCAUCUUUUUUCAAUAUUAUUUAUUGAAGUACAGUUGACAUACAAUAUUAUAUGUUACUGGUGUACAAUAUAGUGAUUCACAAUUUUUAAAGGUUAUACUCCAUUUAUAGUUAUAAAAUACUGGCUAUAUUCCCUGUGUUGUACAAUAUAUCCUUAUAGCUUAUCUUAUACUUAAUACUUUGUAAUUCUUAAUCUCCUACCCCUAUCUUGCCCCUCACCCCUUCCCUCUCCCCACUGGUAACCACUAGUUCUCUGUUAUCUCUGAGUCUGCUUCUUUUGUGUUAUAUACUAGUUUGUUGCAUUUUUCAGAUUCCACAUUAUAAGUAAAAUAUAGUAUUUGUCUUUCUCUGACUUAUUUCACUUAGCAUAAUACCCUCCAAGUCCACCAUGUUGCUGCAAAUGGCAAAAUUUCAUUCUUUUUACGGCUGAGUAAUAGUCCACUGUGUACACACACACACACACACACACACCAUGUCUUCUUUAUCCAUUCAUCUGCUGAUGGACAGUUAGAUUGUUUCCAUGUCUUGGCAAUUGUAAAUAUUGCUGCUAUGAAAAUUGGGGUGCAUGUAUCCUUUCGAAUUAGUGGUUUUGGUUGUUUCAGAUACAUAUCCAAGAGUGGAAUUGCUGGGUCAUAUAGUAGUUCUAUUUUUAGUUUUUUUAGAAACCUCCAUACUGUCUUCCAUAGUGGCUGCACCAUCUUACAUUCCCACCAAGUGUACAAUGGUUCCUUUUUCUUCAUAUCCUCACCAACAUUUGCUAUUUGUAGAUUUUUUUGAUUAUAGCCAUCUGGCAGGUGUGAGGGAAUAUCUUAUGGGUUUGAUUUGCAUUUCUCUGAUAAUUAGCUAUAUUGAGCAUCUUUUCAUGAGCCUGUUAGCCAUCUGCAUGUCCUCUUUGGAGAAAUGUCUAUUCAGGUCUUCUGCUCAUUUCUUACGAACUUUCUUUUUAAUGAUUUGUAUCAGCUGUUUAUAUAUUUUGGUUAUUAACCUCUUUUCAUUCAUAUUAUUUGAAAAUAUUUUAUCCUAUUCAGUAGAUUGUCUUUUCAUUUUGUCAAUGUUUCCUUUGCUGUGAGCCAUGUUAUGUUAAAUCUUGUAAUGAACAAGUCCUUAGAGUUGACUGAUGGCCCCAACCUGACUUUUAUCUCUUGACUACUGCUUCUAACUGUAUCUAGAUAACCUGAGUCUCUCUUCCCUGUCUCCUUUCAGUUGUCUUUGUUAGAGCCAUCACUGUCCAGAAUUAUUGCAUUUACCAUUGAUCAUUCAUAUUUUGGGGUUUCUUAAAAGAAAGUGUCAUUUCUUUAAAUAACCAUUGAGUAACUUCUCUUUGAGACAUCUCUAGGAGGUCUUGAAAUUCUCUGAAGUAUUUGUCAUUGACUGGGAAUCACUGCAGUAGAGCUUACAAUUCCAGGAAACAUUAGACUAGAAAACUUGCAUCUUCAUUCCAGAUGAGUACAUCACUUGAGAAGAAAAGGGGUGGAAUUCAGUUUUUUUUUUUUACCCUUUGUGUGUGUGAAUCCUUCCAAAUGAUGUGCCUGUAGAAAACAUUUCAUCUGUUUGAAAAUUCAGUGGUGUAUGAAGUGGACGUGGAUACAGAGAUCUUUCAUCCAGUCAUGUGUUUGUUGACAUUUCAUUGAAUACACUGUCAUGCCCAGGCUUAUAAGUAGGUGCUAGGGAUAUAAAGAUAAAUAUGACUUUUCGCAGCUUUCAGAGAGCUUGCAGCCUUAAUGGGAGAGACAGUAGCACAGAGUUAUAUGCUACACUGAGAUAAUUCAUAGAAGUAUUCCUGGGGUUUCAUGGGAAUACCCUUAUGGGGCACUAUACCCGUUAGGGACACCAUCUGAGAGCAGGAGUUGGUGAUUUUGCGUAACAGGACUCUUUAAGGAUCUGAUAGAUUUUAAGGGUAUUCGUGUUGGGGUGGUUGUGGAUUACAGUGGUAUUAUAACAUACUGGAAUUUUGCCUGAUGAUUCAGGGAUCAUCCAGCAGACCUGUUGCUGCCCCAUGAAGAAAGGCCUAGAGAGAUAUGUAUACACAAAGAAAGACGUUCAAACCAGAUCACUUGGGACACUAAAAAGGGGUCUAAAAUAUUUAAAUCAUGCAAUUUUGAAAUACUCAUUGAUCGAAAAAUUGGUUUUACUAUAUUGGUGAACCCAUAAAAUAAUUAUAUUCAGAACCCUUUUAGAAAUAAAAUUUGUUCUCAGAAUUAAAAUACCAUAUCUGUGUAUGUUAAAGCAAAGAAUUUUAAAUUGAUUUUCUGAAUUAUUUUACCUGUUGUGGUAAAUGUAUAAUAUUAAGUUUACCGUCUUAAUCGUUUUUAAGUGUACAGUUCAGUAGUGGUAAGUAUAUUCACACUGUUGCGCAGUAGACCUCUAGAACUUGUCAUCUUGUGAAAGUGAAAGUCUUUACACAUCACACAUGAAUACGCCCUCUACCUCUGCCUAGCUCUUGCUUUACACGAAUAAUUCUCAGCCAUGGUUGUUGAUAAGAAUCAACUGAGGACUUGUUAAAGGGGUUUACUUAUCUUAAGCUGCACCCCAAAGAUUCUGAUCCAGUUGGUCUGGUUUCUGCCUUGGGCCUUGGCAUCAGUUUAAAAAUUACCCAGAGGAUUUUGAUGUACAAGCCAGAGCCAGUGCUUUACAACAAGCAGCAAAUCCACUUGACCAUUUCAGGGGGCACAGCUUCACAGAUUUUUCUAUGUAAAGGAAAUCUCCCCUCAUGUCUUACUACCCAUAUUCAGUCUUAAUAUGGCCUAUGGUCGUUUGAAUAUCGUGUGUUGAUUGGCUUAGAUUAUGAGAGGGAGACUUCACUGCUUACUACUACUGAAAUGUUUUUCUGUAGGCAUUUGUUAUGGGUUGAAUUGUGCUCCCCUCCACCCACGCCCCCACCAAAGAUAUGCUGAGGUCCUAAACCUUAGUAUCUCAGAAUGUGACUUUGUUUGGAAAUAGGGCUGUUACAGAUGUGAUUAGUUAGGUUGAGAUGAUGUCAUACUGGAGUGGGGUAGGCUCCUAAUCCAGUGUGGCUGGUGUCCUUAAAAGAAGAUGUGAAGACAGCAACAGGGAGAAAGCAGUGUGACAAUGUAGGCAGAGAUUGGACUUACAUAGCUGCAAGCCAAGGGAUGCUAAAGAUUGCCAGCAAGUCACCAGAAGCUAGGAAGAGGCAAGGAAGGAUUCCCCUACAGAUUCCAGAGGGAGGAUGCCCCUGCAUACAUCUCAAUUUCAAACUUGUCACCUCCAGAGCUAUGAACCAGAUUUCUGUAGUUUUAAACCACUCAGUUUGUGGCCUUUUAUUUCAGCGGCCCUAGGAAACUAAUAUAACACUUAUUACCCAGUUAUCCAUUACGUUAGUUUUAAAAGUUAUGAAAUCAAGGAUCUUUAGGAAGAAGAAGAGUAGGUCAUUAUAAAGGAAAAUGGAAAAAAAAAAAAAAAACCAGCAUGAUGUUUGCUUAGGACUGUAAGCAGAUGGUUCUUAGUGCUAAAGUAUAAGAUUCCAUCAUUAUAAGAUUCUGUCAUUAUCUUUCUAUUGUUUCAGUGUUCAUUCAGUGGCUUCCCUUUACUUUUAGAGUAAAUAUCAAAAUCCAUAUGUGAUGUGUUAAGAUACAGUGUCAUCUGAUCUACCUAGUGAUCUACCUAGUGAGUCUACCUGUCCUUGUGGGCACUAGUCACUGACAUCCCAUCUGUUCUUCAAGCAUAGCCUUUUGCUUCCCAUAUCAAAUUCUGCACAUACUGUUCCUAUUAUCUGUGCUGCUGUCUCUUCAUUCCUAGUAUCCCAUUCAUGCAGUUUCAUGCUCAUUCAUCCUUCAAAUCUCAGUUCUGAAUUCACUUCCUCAUGGAAACCUCUGACCCUCGAAGACCAGGUCAAGUUCCCCUGGUACAUACUUUAGUAGUACUCUAUACUUCUUUUCAGUGGCUGUAAUUAUAAUUUAAUAGCUAACUAAUUAUAGGCAGGUACUAUAGUUAACUCCGAUUUGAAAUCAGGGCUGUUGAGUCCAAAAUGUAACCCCCUCCCCCCCAGUGCUCUUAACUUCUUUAUGGGCAGGGCCCAUUUUCUGUCUUAAUCACCUUUGUAUCCCAUCGGGCAUAGUACUUUGCACAUAAUUUGUGCUUAACUGAUAUUAGUGUACAUUGUUUUUAAAAAGAAAAAAAUGAAUGAAAUGUAGUUUUAAGAAAUUUAAGUAAAGAGCCAACCUCAGUGUGUUUGUGUGUUUGAGGUAGGGGAGGUUUUCCAUAUCAUGUAUCAUAUUAGGUUGCUUGUACUUAAUUCUUCUAUCACUGGUUCCCAGCCUUUGAUCAUGUGAGUGGGUGUAGUUUUCAAAACUGGGGAGACCAGCAUAGAUUUGAUAACUUUUUGCCAUGUAAGGAUGUUAAACAAUGGCACGCAUGCCACCAUCAUUUCAUAAAACAGAAUAUAUGGAUGCUAAAUGUGUAAUCAUAGAAUACAAAUAAUUUAAACUGAAUAAAUUUGGUCUCAUUAAUAAAUCA